CAAACAGAUCAAGUAUUUGACAAAAACAGAAUCAUUUCAAUCCUGUCUUACAGUGAGAUACGAUCACAUAUGCCUAUCUAUUUAUUCGUGGGAAUAGUUGCGAACAGAUUUGCGAACAGGGCCCUCUCUACUUGCGAACAGAUUUCCUAAAUUAAAAUCACUUUGAGCCGAUUUCCUGGUGAUUUUAAAGUAGUUUUAUGUCCAACAACGAAAUGUAUUGAUUUUUGCUCAGAAAAUAAAACCCUCGGGCCGCCUGCUGGGGAACCAUGCUCUAUUCAGGCUACAGGCUCUGAAGCGAGGUGUUACCGCAUCAGGCUGUGCGCACAUCAGCCUGUCGAAAGAAACUCAUGCAGAGAUUCUAUAAUUCUGAUUAUACGAAGAGAGAGGUUCGGAUGCACGCACGAUCGAAUCCACUGUCACCGAAGACUGGAAAAUAAAAUAUAUAGCGGGCGAGUGAGGGUCCAGGCGUGCGUGCACCAGUCUUGCCUAGCGCAAGGCUACGUUGCGACACAAGAAAAUAGCUGGGGGAUGCACGAAGACAGCACGAAUACAGCGGUAGCAUGACGCGGGACUGAAUCGAUACAUUUCCCCUAGAAAAAACAGUCAAGACAUUGGGUCGGCUAUCAUUUGAGUGUAAAGGUCGUCGAACAGCCGAGGUAAUUUAUUAUCGAGAAGAUGAGUGUAAACCAGACUGGGUAUGAUGGUAUUUCUAGAGUGGAUGGUGGAACGGUGACGGGCGGCCUCAACAUCAGUAGUGCCCCGAAGCUGCAACAGUGUGCUCAGCCUCCCGCUAAUCGACCAAGGGAUGCCCGGCACCAGCAACAUAGCAGCCGGCAGCACCAGCACGGCGGUGUACCUGUCAAACCGCCUUUUUCCGGACGGUCCGAACCCGGGGACGUUGUGAAGCGCGCCAUUGACUUCAAGACGCAAGGCACACAGUGUUACAAGGAUAAGAAGUACCGGGAGGCGAUUGGCAAGUACCACCGUGCUUUAUUAGAGAUGAAGGGGUUGUGCCGGGUGCUGGGAGACCCUGAAGCCAGCUCUAAGUCUCCUUCUUCUGUGCUGCCUACUAUGACCAAGCCAGACAGCCUGACAGACGAGCAGAAAGGUGCCAUGGAGAACGCUGAGCUGGAAUGUUACAACAGUCUGGCAGCGUGCCUGUUGCAGAUGGAGCUGGUCAACUAUGAGCGUGUGAAGGAGUAUUGUCUGAAGGUGCUGCGUAAGGAAGGGGACCACUUCAAGGCUCUGUACCGCUCUGGGGUGGCCUACUAUCACCUAGGAGACUUCCACAAGGCUCUACACUACCUCAAGGAGUCCCACAAACAACAGCCAGCAGACACCAACGUUCUCCGUUACAUCCAGCUGACUGAGAUGAAGAUCCGUCGCUCUGCCCAGAAGGAGAAGAAAGAGACCACAUAAACAACCAACCAACUCACUUUCUGUUUUAAUCACUAACUCACUUCUCACUUCACGUAAAAUGUGUACUUUCUUCAUGUGCCAGCCAGACCUAGUACACCGCGAGUCUCGUGCCGGGAUUCAAUCCGAAACCGCGCUUGACAUUUUAUUGGUAAUUUCCAAUUGAGCCGACAUCUGCAGUGCUUACCUUGAAUGCAACAUCUGAAAAUGCAGUAACAUUACCUUUUUAAAAGCUGCAUUGUACAAGCGUGUGUAACAGUAUAACUUUAAACCGUCCCCUCUCCCCGACCUCGGGCGCGAACCAGAAACCCUCUGCACACAUCAACAACUGUCGCCCACGAAGCAUCGUUACCCAUCGCUCCACAAAGGCCGCGGCCCUUGCAGAGCAAGGGGCAACACUACUUCUAGGUUUCAGAGCAAGUGACGUAACUGAUUGAAAUGCUAGUAGCGCGUACCCGCUAACUAGCUAGCCAUUUCACAUCCGUUACACAUGCUUGGAUUGAAUCCCGGCCUUGGUGUUUUUAAAGGAUAUCUACAGAUAUGCACAGCCACUUUUUAUUCAUCUUCUUAUUCUUCCUGACAAGUAUGUGAUUCAUACCAAUGGGUGUAUUUUACUACUUGUACACAAAACGACUAUAUGUCGUAUAGAGAAACAGUUGAUGCAAACUGAAACGGUGCAGCUGCCGUUCGGCGAUGGUCAAUAUCUUCAAAGUUUAUGUCUGUGACUAAAGUUGGUCAACAUGGAGUCAGAUGGAUAAUGCACAGCACUGCCAGUCAAAACAUUGCACAACGUGUAAAUGAGGCCAACAACACUUCCGAUGGUGACAGAGUAACAGAAAACACUGCGUGAAGCAUUUGGCUGUAAAGUGACUCUACUGUGACUGGAUAAAUUAGGCUAGCACCUGCUCUCCCCUCCUUCACACAAGAUGUGUUUCUAACAGCUCGGGGACCCGUUUAUACCCGGUUCUACCAUGUGUUCUUUGUCUAGAUCUUGUCCACAUUCCGAUGUUGCCCACAUUUUUAGACAGGUGUAGACAAUUAAAAUCCCAUUGUUAUUGUGAUUAGAUCUUCUCCGGAGGUAGUCCAGAUCGUGUUUACACUUGACACUUACAUGUGACUUUUGCUAUCAGAAUACGAAGUUCGGAUUGAAAAGACGGGUUUGUGGUCUGAUUGUGUUCAUAUCUGGUUGACCACUUCAGGAUUGUGUUCAGAUUUCUCCUCAGUCUGGACGUAACCGAGACACAUUGGGCGACGUUAUCAGCACUCCUCCCACAAGUCUCCAGAAAACGUGUGUUUUGGGACCGAGAGGUUUUCCUUUUCAUUAUAACGUCGGAGGAAAUACGUUCCUAGCAUGUGAGGAACGUGUUUGCUGGCUUCAUGAAUCAGAAUACUAAAGCUGCAUGAACUGUCAAGUCUAGACACGGCCUCUGACAGACAUUUUGUCUGGAUAUCUUACAAAUGUAGAUGGAUCUGGAUUUUUUAAAAGGUUUUUUAGUAUGUUUUGUAUUUUUUACCUCUUUUUCUCCGACAAUUGGUAGUUACAGUCUUUUCCCAUCGCUGCAACUCCUGUACGGACUCGGUAGAGGUCGAAGGUCGAGAGCCAUGUAUCCUCCGAAACACAACCCUAUCAAGCCACACUGCCCACUUAACCCGGGAGCCAGCCGCACCAAUGUGUCGGAGGAAACGCUGUACAGCUGGCGACCGUGUCAGCGUGCAUGCGCCCCGGCCUGCCACAGGACUCGCUAGUGCGCGAUGGGACAAGGACAUCCCGGCCAGCCAAGCCUCCCCCUAACCCGGACGACGCUGGGCCAAUUGUGCACCGCCCUAUGGGACUCCCGGUCACGGUCGGCUUUCGACACAGCCCGGGAUCGAACCCGGGUCUGUAGUGACGCCCCUAGCACUGCGAAGCAGUGCCUUAGACCGCUGUGCCACUCGGAAGCCCCGAGGUAUAAACGAGGCUAAGGAAUCAUUUUUUCCCCAACCUCCCACUGUUAGAAACCGAGCUAACACUGAGCUAACACUUGUUUUUGUUUUUAUAUUUAUAGAUUAUUUAGAUUUUAAAAUCUUUGGCAAGUCACGUUAAUACAUGGGUAUUACCAUGACCUAUAAUAGAUAUGUAAAGACUAUAUUUAGAGAUUGAAUAUAACCGUGUUUACAUUGUAAGGGCACAUAUUUGCUAAAUGUCAUGACACUUUAAAAAGAAGCAUGUCACAGAAUAUGAAAAAAGGCUAUCUUACUUUAUAAAAUAAAAUGCUUUUCUGUAUUUGUUUUAAUUGUAUAAUAGCAAAGCUAAUUGUGUGUUUGUUUGUUUGUAAACGCAAGCAGGGAAAUUCAUUCUACAAGAGUAUCUUUAAGAAAACACAACUGUUACAUUAGGAAGGUGUUUGACUUAUAUUCUCGAUUACAGCCUUUUUGUAUUGCACAUGCUUUAGUAUCAUCAAUUAGGCUCUAAAACGAUUAAAAGCACAUGCCAACCAAUCACAUUUCGGGAAGAAAUCAAUUAAUACCAUGGCUCUCUCUAAAGAGAGGUUGCAAAAUAAAAAAAUAAAAAAACUUUGAAUUCUCAAAUUACUUCAAUCGUUCAAAACAGAACACAUUCAAAUAGAAACAUUUUCUGUUAUGGUAAUAUCGCUUACUUAUUAGUCUAUUAACUGAACGAGAAGAGAAGAGCAGAGUUUUUCCUAGCCACUGUGCUUCUAAACCUGCAUUGCUUGCUGUUUGGGGGUUUUAGGCUGGGUUUCUGUACAGCACUUUGAGAUAUCAGCUGAUGUACGAAGGGCUAUAUAAAAUAAACUUGAUUGAUUGAUUGA